GUACGUAGGUAGUUGAUGCUCCAAGGCUGGGAUUUCUUGAGAAGUUACUCUGUUUGUAAGGUUGAAAUGAAUGUAGAUUGCGACAUUGCUGGAAAAUUAUGAACCGAAACCCAGUUCUGCACGUUAACUAGCGAUUUUUAUGAUACAACAACCACUAUCUAACCAACCAGAAUUUAUCCCAGUUGAUUGUGCAAUACAGAAUAUGUGCACAUGAGAAGAGAAGUAAUAUAGAUUCAGACAAUCGAGUCUUGCGUAACCCCGUAGAAGAGAGACCCAGUUGAAGGCCAAACCACCAGCAAUUCACAUCCGGUCUCGAUCCCCUCUCCAUCAUCUGAUCCUCUCUCUGUGUCUGAUCCGUACUUACUUACUUGGUCGCAACAAUUAGGCCAGAAACAAUCCUCCUCCCACGAAGUCCGAAGACAGCAUCGGGCGACACCUCAUUCCAUUCAACCAGAACAAGUGCAAGUCGAGAGGAGGCCAAGUGAGACCAGUCCGACUGACCAGCAAGAUCAUGGCUGUGAGCAAAAUUGCGACUUGCAUCGCCCCAGUGAACAUUGCCGUCAUCAAGUAUUGGGGAAAAAGAGAUGAGCGUCUCAUCUUGCCUCUUAAUGACUCUUUAAGUGGCACUCUCAGCACUGACCAGAUGUGUUCAAAAACAACGGUGGCAAUAAGUUCGACCUUCCCGAAGGAAAGGAUGUGGCUGAAUGGUGUGGAGGAGACCCUGGACAAUCCCAGACUCAGGGCCUGCAUCGAUGAAAUAAAGCGUCGUGCCAAGCAGGAGGGGACGUUGAGUGACGAGGAGUUAUCAUGGAAUCUGUACAUUUGUUCAGAGAAUAAUUUUCCCACGGCGGCAGGGUUGGCAUCUUCCGCUGCUGGAUAUGCAUGUCUUGUGUAUUCACUCGCUCAACUGUACGAGAUCAGUGGGGACAUUUCUCAAAUUGCACGCCAAGGGUCGGGGUCGGCAUGUCGUUCCGUGUACGGGGGAUUUGUGGCCUGGAUCUCGGGCGUCAAGGCAGAUGGGACGGACUCGAUUGCAAAACAAUUAGUCCCUGCAAACCAUUGGCCGGAAAUGAGGGUUCUCAUCCUCGUCGUAUCCGACACGAGGAAAAAGACGAGCAGCACUUCGGGCAUGCAGCGUUCCGUCCAAACCAGCGAGCUCAUGAAAUAUCGCGUGGAAAAGUGCGUGCCAGAACGGAUGAAAGCCAUUUCCAAUGCCAUUCUUGCCAAAGAUUUUGAAACCUUUGCCGAGAUUACGAUGAAGGACAGCAACCAGUUUCAUGGAAUUUGCUUGGAUACGUUCCCCACCUGUGUUUACAUGAAUGACGUGUCCCAUGGGAUUUCACACCUGAUCCACAGAAUCAAUGCUCUCGCUGGAAAACAUAUUGUCGCGUAUACUUUUGACGCUGGUCCCAACGCGUGUCUCUAUCUCCUCGAGAAGGACAUUCCUCUCGUUUUGGCCGCAGUGAACAAAGUUUUCCCAACCAAACAGCAUUCCACCGAGUACUCCAAAGGAAUUCCAGUGACACCUUUAAAAUCGCUCCCUCCCGAAUUUGACGAUAUAUGCAGUAUGGAGCCUUGGCCUGAGGAUUCCCUUCGCUACAUUAUCCACACCAAGAUUGGAGAGGGGCCGAUAACUUUGUCCAAGGUGCUGAGCGACAGUAAAACCCAUCUCGUUGACUCCGACGGCAUGCCCUUGAAACUUGCUACCACUUUGGCGAAAAAGUGACCAAAAGUGAAGUUCAAUGAAAAGCCUCAAAUCUCAACAAAGAUUCCGCCUUCCUCAUUAUUGGAUAACGAUAAUGAUAAUGUUGACGAUGAUUGAGCGAUCCGUAGAAAUAGACAGAUAAGCAUAUAUAUGUAACGAAACAACUGUUGAUAAAAUUGGUUCCAUUUCAUAUGUUAAGUUUAGUUGGGAUAGGUUAUCGUUUAAUUUGAUAUCACGUUCAUUCUCCGUCUAAUCUAUUCUGCUAAUUAAGCUUAUUAAAUAAUACUUUUUCCUGAAAAUGAUUAUAAUCUUUUUAA